AUGUCUUACUUAGAUAAUGAUUCAAUUCCUUGGAAACUCAUUACCUCUAGUAUUUUAAUAUGCAAAUUUGUAUUUGAUAAUUAUUCAGAAAUUCAUAGAUAUAAACUCUUGAAUAAUCCAACGCCACCUAAAAUUUUGAAAUCAGAGCCUAUUGUGAAUCUCUACGAAUGUCAUAGACUCGAGGCUAGGUUAGAUUUGAUAACCAACUUUGUUAAAAAUUUGAAUAAAUGUAUCUUAAGCUGUCUCAGUAUCUCGAUAAAUGUUUUAUAUUACCUCUGGGUUAUUAGUGGAUUUAUAUUAUCGAAAUUUUCAUGGGCCUUACCAACAGUCAGUACCAACUCUCUUGUUGUUCGAUGUUUAGUAUUUUAUUGUAUUCAACGUUUGGGGAGCGAUCUUGAAUCAUUUCGCUUGGACUGUAUUUAUACAUUUUUAUCAGAGUUAGGUAUGAACAAGUACAAAUGGAAAUCUUGGCUUAGAGACAAAAUUUUACUGCUUGUCAUUAGUGAUCUGUUGCUGGCUAUCUUGACAUUAUCUUUAGGAGUUAUUAUAGAUUACUGUGGAGAUAAUUAUGUUAUUUAUGGUACUUCAUUUGUUACUGUAUAUAUAAUAUUCAUUUACAGUAUUACUCCAAGUUUAAUUGAUCCAUUGUUUUUCAAAUUCAACCAUUUGGAACAAGGCAAUUUAAGAAAUGAAAUCAUAAAGUUGGCAGCUAAACAUGGUUUCUCAUCAAGAGACAUAUAUGUUAUUGAUAGCUCAAAAAAAACUUCACGCCAAAACGCCUACAUUACUGGAUUACCAUGGAAUAGGAAAAUUGUCCUCUUUGAUAGUUUAAUUAAAACUAGCUCAAAUAAAGAAGUUCUUGCUAAUAUGGCACAACUAUUUGGUCAUUAUAAACAUGGUCAUAUUAAUAAGUUGGUUCUUCUUGCAAUUGCUGAUUCAGUAUUAUAUAUCUGCUUAUCGACGGGUUUUGUUAAAAAUAAGUCAUUACUAAAAGCAUUUGGAUUUGAUAGUGAUGCUCCAGGUUUAGUCGGUUACAUUUUAUUUCAUAACCUCUUUUCGUUCUACAGAAUACUUAGUCGUCAUAUUACUAAACAACUAGUUACAAGAUUUGAAAAUUUUGCAAAGAAACAUGCCGAAGAUCUCGGAUAUUACUGUUUCUUUAGAACUGCACUGAUCAAAUCAUUAGGGUUAGAUUUAUAUUCCAAAGAGCUGGACUGGUUACAUGCAACUUAUUUUAAGAAUCAUAUUAGCUUGAUGGAGCAAUUAGUUGGUAUCGAAAUUUUACUAGAUUUAUUAAAAAGGAAUGAGCUAAAUUAG